AUGAACUACGUCGUGUCUGUGCCGUGGUCAAAGGUCAAGGCGAACGAGGUCAUGUUGGCUUGGGAGAUGAAUGACAAGCCAUUGCCGAAGAUUCAUGGUUUUCCGUUACGGGCUGUUGUUCUUGGGUAUAUUGGGGCGAGGAGUUGUAAGUGGCUUUAUCGGAUCAAGGCAAUUGAGAGACCGAGUCUUGCACCGGUACAGAGUAGGGAGUAUCUGUACUUUCAGCAACAGACUGGAAAGCAUAACCAGCUUCCCACCAUGGGUAUUCAGAUCCAGGAGAUGCCUGUCAGCAGCGCCAUCAUGUCGCCUUGGAAUAAGGAAGUUGUCGUCCACGACGGUGAAAUAGAAGUCAAAGGCUGGGCCUACUCAGGCGGAGGCCGCUGGCCCGAACGUGUAGAAAUCUCCUCCGACGGCGGCUACGUAUGGUACGCCGUACCCAUCGAGAACCUCUCCCCAAAGCACAAGUUCGCCUGGCGCACCUUCACCGGCAAAGUCCCCUGCGACCACGAAGGCUGGACCGAACUCGUUGUUCGCUGCUGGGACAACAGUCUGAACACGCAACCAAUGGAAGUUCGACAUAGCUGGAACUGGAGCUUGCAUGUGACGAGUAGUUGUCACAGAGUCAAGAUUUACAGUGUCAAUGCGAAGAGAGAGGCUACGAGGAAGAGAUUGAGGGAGUUUGAUGAGCAUGGGCAGGGGUUUACGCCUAUUACUAGACCGACGGAUUUCGUGCCCAUGAGUUUGGAGGAGUAUGAGAAGGAGGUUGCAAAUGUUGAACCGAGGGAUGUUGAUGAUUAG